UGUGCAUUUUGCACCCGGUCCUGUUGUUGUCAGGACGCUAUAAAAGAGCCGCCGCUUCACUACAUCACAAGACAGAAUCGACUGAGAUUGACGAAGCAUUUCUAUACGAAGAAACAGCACCAGCAACUGAAAAAUGGACCCUUGUGACUGCUCAAAGAGUGGAACCUGCAACUGCGGAGGAUCCUGCACUUGCACAAACUGUUCCUGCACCACCUGCAAGAAGAGCUGCUGUUCAUGCUGCCCAUCUGGCUGCAGUAAGUGCGCCUCUGGCUGCGUGUGCAAAGGAAAGACGUGCGACACCAGCUGCUGUCAGUGAGGACUGUGCAGCUUCAGCCGUCCACUGCCCUGUGAUGGCGCCUGAAUGCACCAUGUUGAAUUAAUUGCAGUUUAAAAUGUCUAUAUAUACUUUUAUUUUGUACUUUUCUUCAGUUAUGAAAUAAACAUGUUUCCAUGUUAA